AUUGAACUGGGAUGGCCACUUAAUGGAUUUCCUCUGUUCAGAACGAUCCAGAGAGCUCUACAAUACAUGCUUGUCGAACUUCAAUCUCGAGGCUCUUCGACAGAGAGCAACAGAUUAUAGAGGGAUCUCAUGCAUUAACUGCGAGGCCAUCGCACAAGGUGGAUAUAAUACUGUUUUUCUUCUGACAUUCCAAGAUGGACACGAGCUCAUUGCGCGCCUAAGUGGUAGCCGCUUGGGCCAGGAUAAAGGCGUAUCUGAGGAGGUUCCCACUCACCGGAUAAGAUCUGAAGUUGCGACAAUGCGUUAUGUUGAGAUCCACACAUCCAUUCUCGUUCCGCAUGUCCACCUGGCUGAAUUCGAUGUACACAAUGUCGUUGGGACGCGUUUCAUGCUUAUGGACAGCAUCGUAGGUCCCUCCCUUGAUGAGGUCUGGGAUAGAUUAACUCCCAAAGGACACGAGCAAGCCAUUCGUCAAUUAUGCGGGUUUCAAUCUGAACUACUCAAGCUGGAGUUUCCUGCAAUUGGAUCUCUUCUCGACGAGCAUGGAACCCUGGGUCCGCUGUCCCGUUCAUGCAUGUAUCCGUCCCUGCUUGGUCUUGAUUGCGGGCCUUUCAAGACUACAAAGGAGUACUUGCUAGCAAAUGUAUCUGCUGAACCAAAGCUUAUCCAAGAAACCCCCGAGAAUUGGCGGGAACAGAGAAAAGAUCUACAAAACUUGAGCGGCGGUUUGGACGACACGUCGCUCGAGGAUGCACACGAGUGGCUUCGCCUGUUGUAUGAAGGUGUACAGGGUCUUCGGGACGAUAUUCUGGAUCUCCCUGAGAGUCCGUUCGUCCUGUUUCAUGAUGAUUUUUUCAGUGGUCGAAUGUGGUCGUUUCGCCUGAAGAUCCAACCAAGUUGGUGGGAAUUUUGGAUUGGGAAGGUUCGCGAGUGGCUCCUAUAUGGGACAACAACUGCUUAGGUGAAGGGGUAGAACAGAACACUAUUGAUGAUCCAGAGGAGUUCGGGUAUCUUCAAGGGAUAACGUGGGAUAUCCUCCAGAAUGCACAGCCUAACGUCGCGUAUUCGCGACAUAGGUAGCAUCUUCUCCUUCAUAUCACCGAUUAUGGUCAUUCCUUCCGGUCGAGACGGAAGGUAGUUGAUUAUCUUUUCUUGGGCUGGCUCGAGGUGGUGUGAGGAAAAGGUUUUUGUGGGGAUGUAGAGCCUAUGGCUGGCCUGGAGAAAUAUAUUAGAGGUACCGGUAGUUUUCGGUGCUCUUUGGCGGGUUCUGAUAUUUGAGGUUUAGAAUUUCGACAGACGUCUU